AGUGUCUGUCAGCUGAGCUCUCAUCACGUGACCAGCUGUAGCAGAGAGCCUCCAUUCUCCCGUCUCCGGUGCAGCUUGUUUCUCUCUCUUCUCUCCGUUAAUCGCCGGUACCCGGUACCCGAACCCUCCGAUGGCCGGCCGCGGGAAACUGAUCGCUGUUAUCGGCGACGAGGACACGUGCACGGGCUUCCUGCUCGGUGGGAUCGGUGAGCUCAACAAGAACCGGAAACCGAACUUCUUAGUGGUGGAGAAGGACACGAGCAUCGCGGAGAUAGAAGAGACCUUCAAGAGUUUCCUGGCUCGCAGCGACAUCGGCAUCAUCCUGAUCAACCAGUUCAUCGCCGAGAUGAUCCGCCACGCCAUCGACGGCCACGUGCAGUCCAUCCCCGCCGUGCUGGAGAUCCCAUCCAAGGAGCACCCCUACGACGCCGCCAAGGACUCCAUCCUUCGCCGAGCCAAGGGCAUGUUCUGUGCUGAGGACUUCCGAUAAACACACACACACAGAGACACACACACACACACAUACAGACACACACAGAGACACACACACACACACACACACACACACAGAGUCACACACACACACACACACACACACACACACACACACACA